GUUCCAGAGUUUACAAUAAUGUAUAUCCAAAAUGUGGCCCAGUGGAAUGCUUCUCUGAACAUUCUUCCAAUAGAGUACACAAUGUGAUUGUUUACUGUGGGGCUUCCCUGUGUGGAUUGCAACUGCAUUCAUCUAAAUGAGAGACUAGGUCUGUAGCCUAGAGACAAAGGAAAGACUCUGGCUUCUUGUAUGAAAUAAAUUAGCAGAAAAAGAUGUUCAUGUUCUCACAUGGGACUAGAAUUAGAUCAUUACUCUCUCAGGUCUCUUACUAUGACUGUUGUCUACAGUUAAUUGUCAGAACUAAUAUGGUUUGUUAAAACAGCACUUCUUUAAAGUUUUUCCAGUGCAACUGAACUAGAUUUAUACAGUAGGGGUAUGUCUUUACAGGGUGAAAAACAUAAGAUGCAAAUUUUUAGAUAUUUUCAAGAGCAUGAGAGGUUUAUAAUCAUUUUUACUUCUCUAUCCAGAAAUUUUUUUUAAACUUCAUUUUCCAGAAUUAAUUAUAAAGAUGUUUUAAGAAGAUCAUGGAGAACUCUAGCAGGGAGAAUGUAAGUGGGCUGAAAUCUAAUUCUGAUAGGCAAAGAAAAUGAAAAAUUUUGGUUCCGCUCUUGGAUAAUCAACGGAAAAUAGGAUUUAGAUAAUUCAGGUAAGCCAUAAUAUGUGUUUUAAGAAAUUAUUAGAUAACUAAUUGACAGACUCAGUUGGAACUAUAGGCCAGUAUAAUAUACAUUCAAUAGUAUCUGUUUAAUAGGAAUUGCCUAAAUUGUAAAUGACUCCUGCAGGAGCACGAAGGUAAAUUUCUAUUAAUAUAGGGUGUUUAAUGUAUUAAGAUCAUAUGUUGCAAUACAAUUACUUUGAUAGUACAAUGUCAUGAGUUAUUCUGCUUAAACUCUAAAGUUUUCUGUAAAGUAGGUAUUUUUACAUCUCCCAUCUUUUUUAAGGUGUGGAAUUAAAGCUCAGAUAAAAUAACUGGCCAAAAGUUAAUCUGUGUGACUUUACAUCAUGUAAUAAUAAUCAAGCCAUGAAUAUCUCUUCAAAAGUUAAGAAGACUGUUGUAUAAUUGAUGAUGUAAGAUGACCACAAGACAAGCAGAUGUAAACAUUUUCUGUCAACCUAUGAGGCUUGUGGAGCUGGACUCUAGGUCACUCCUCUAGUCUUGUUGUCAUGAGUCAGCUCCUGGGUAAGCUCGUUUCCUACUGUAUAAAAGACAAGGACUAUCCAAAAACUCAAGGGGUUCUAAUUAUACAGAUUAAAUUAUUAAGCAUUAUUUAGACAUUUACAUAAGUUCUUUCCUAUUAUCCACCUAUCCAGACAUACUAUUAUGGCCUCUUCAAAAUUUUGGCAUUCAGCAAAUGCACAUUGUAUCUGAGAUCUCAGAAUCCCUCACCUUAGAAGUAUUCUUAAUUCAAAUUCUGAUUCCUUUCUAUUUAUCCUCCUUUAGAGUUGUUUCAGAAUAAGUCUGAAGCUUGGAACCAUGGAUAAGGCCAGUUCUUCAGUGGUGUCUGAAUUUGUACUGUUGGGACUCCGUAGUUCUCAAAAACUCAAGCUUUUCUAUUUUUUUUUUUUCUUCUCUGUGUUGUAUAUGGUCAUUGUGCUGGGAAAUCUUCUCAUUACCCUCACAGUGACUUCUGAUACCAGCCUGCACUCCCCUAUGUACUUUCUUUUGGGAAACCUUUCCUUUGUUGACAUUUGUCAGACUUCUUUUGCUACCCCUAAGAUGAUUGCAGAUUUUCUGAGUGAACACAAGACCAUAUCCUUCAGUGGCUGCAUAGCCCAAAUUUUCUUUAUUCACCUUUUUACUGGAGGGGAGAUGGUGCUACUUGUUUUGAUGGCCUAUGACAGGUAUGUAGCCAUAUGCAAACCCUUAUACUAUGUGGUCAUCAUGAGCCGAAGGACAUGCACUGUCUUGGUAAUGAUCUCCUGGGCUGUGGGCUUGGUGCACACAUUAAGCCAGUUAUCAUUUACCGUGAACCUGCCUUUUUGUGGACCUAAUGUAGUAGACAGCUUUUUUUGUGAUCUUCCUCGAGUGACCAAACUUACCUGCCUGGACUCUUACAUUAUUGAAAUACUAAUUGUGGUCAAUAGUGGAGUUCUUUCCCUAAGCACUUUCUCUCUCUUGGUCAGCUCCUACAUCAUUAUUCUUGUUACGGUUUGGCUCAAGUCUUCGGCGGCAAUGGCGAAGGCAUUUUCUACGCUGGCUUCCCAUAUUGCAGUAGUAAUAUUCUUUGGACCUUGCAUUUUCAUCUAUGUGUGGCCCUUUACCAUCUAUCCUUUGGAUAAAUUUCUUGCCAUAUUUUACACUGUUUCCACCACCAUCCUAAACCCCAUUAUUUACACACUAAGGAAUAGGGAUAUGAAGGCUGCCAUAAGGAAAAUUGUGAACAAUUACCUGAGGCCAAGGAGAACUUCUGAAAUGUCACCAGUAGUGAGAACUUCCCUCCAUUAAGACAAAACUCCUUCAAAUUCCUCAGGUCAAUACCCUGUUUAAUAUUUUAAUGUAUUUUUGUGGUGUAUCUCAAUUGUGGGGAAAGUAGUGAAGAAGAUAAUAUAGAGAACAUUUAAUGAAUAUUAACAAGUCUUUUUCUAGUUACCAAGCAAAAGGUAAAUAUAAAAACAUGGAAAAAUCUCUGUUUGGAUUACUGGUUCUAGAAAUAAAAUAUGGGCACUAGAUGGAUAAUAUGUAUGCACUUACUGCUUUUGUUAUGGGUAAAUGUAAAUAUCAUGAAAAAAAUCAAUGAGAACCUAAUUCUUUGGUGGGCAUACAUUCAAACAUUUGUCAGGUUUUAUGAGUUUUCUUAAUAACAUGCCUAAAACUUCUAUAUGGAUGAAUAGUAUUUAAGAAUCUGAAACUGAAUUUUGCCAGGUUCAGGGAAUAGCCAAUCUACAAUUUAAUAUAACUGCUUAAGUUUAAGUGGAGAUUAUUAGGUUAUGAGAUUCCUCCCCCCAACAUCAAUUAUGCCUAUCCCAUACGGUUUUCAAAUAGCUAGCAAUGCUUUAAAAUAUGGAACGAUACAUACACAGAAGAUUCCAUUUUAAACCUUUCAUUUAAAGGGCUGUCUCUGAUUGGCUAGAUAAUUCCAAUUUCCUAUUAGAUUAUCUAGAGUUGUAGAAAAGAGAGGAGAAUCUAGAAAGCUGAACUAUUUCAACACCAAGAUUUUCAUUUGUGCUACUUCUCUUCUUGUUCCUAUAGUGCAGCUGCCAGUGGCUUAUGUUCAGGCACCCAGUGGUACUCAUCCUCCAGCAAGUUUUAUUGCCAGCCUUGGCCUUAAAUUCUCUGAUCCCCAUUUUCAGUUCACCUUCUGUGGACUAGCUCUGGUCCAGUGCAACCCAGAGAACCUCUCUCCAUCCAGUGGGCCUCACUCAUAUUCUCUCCAAGGAGUUCUGAAACUCAACCUUGGGCAGGGCAUCACCCUUCCACAUUUAUUUCUUCCUUGGUUUCUCUCCUUUAGGCCUGUGGUAUUUUUUUUUUUCAAAGUAAACUGCAGAUGAUUCAGAUUCAGAUUUAAUCAGUUUUUACAUGCACUCUUUUUUUUUUUUUUACUAUUGCUGUAUAGUAUUAUGAAAUACCAUUGCAUAAAUAGAUUCAUGUAGCCGCGACGACCACAAUAAGGACAUAGACCUCUUCCGUCACUUCAAAGAAACUUUCCUGGGCUGUCUCCCCUGUGAUCUUAGCCCUGGCACCAAUGGUCUGUCCCCAUCACUCCACUUUUUCAUUUCAAGAUUGUUGUAAAGUUUAUCAGCUGUUUAAAUGGCCUUUGUAAUAAUUUAAAAAAAUUAAUGUGGUUGGAUUUGUGAAUCAUUUUUGGUAUAAUUUUGGGUGUAUGUGUCUGAUUUAAGAAAUCCUUCUGUCUGUCAAGAUCAUAAAGAUAUUAUAUAGACUUUCUUCUGUAAAUUAAAACAUAUUUUGCUUUUUAUACUUAAGAAUUCCAUCCCUUUGUAGUUCAUUUUGUACAUUUUGGGAGCUAGGAAUCUAUUUUUAUAUAUUUGUAAAUAUGCAGAAAUCAGACUUGGUAUCAUUUAUUUAAUAGUUCAUCAUUUCCCUCAAUUUGCAAUACUACCUCUCUUAUAUUUUCGGCUUCAGUGUAUGUAUGGAUUUGUUACUAGACUCUAUUCUGUUUUGUU